CCCAACACCGUGCACUGUGAUAUAAGAGUUCCUGAAGGAGGAAGUGAAGGUGAUUCUGGACUCUAGAGAACAUGGAGACAUCAGUGGAUCAGACGAGGGAUGGAGUCUCAUUCACCCAGAGUAACCCUCUGUUUGAGAUGUCACACAGCAGGACUGACCUCUACAGCUUCCAGCCUGACGAUCUGAAGCCGGCAAGGCCCAGAAGACAGUGGUGUUUUAUUGUGAUUGUUGUUUUCCUCCUCUUGCAGACCUUCCUUAAUGCUUUUCUCAUUUAUAAAGUUAUCACGUUGGAGUCUUCAUCGUCUAAUCCCAGGUUGGAAAAGCUGACAUCCAAUCCCAUCCAAUCUCCUGAUGACCACAUUCAAACUCUCCUCUACAACAACAGUGAAGAAACCAAGACCCUGAAGGGCCAUCUAUGGGCCCUGGAGAGCCAGGUCAACAGCCUGUGUGGAGAGGAGGGUCAGCUGGGCAGGCUGCUGUCUGACCUGAACCUGCUCAACACCAGCACCCACAACCUGGAGGGCAAAGUGACAACCAUCAGCCUCAUACCAGGACCUCCAGGUACAGAUGGGCAUACAGGCGCGCCAGGUAUCAAAGGUGACAGUGGUGUUGCUGGCCCUCCAGGACCAAAGGGUGAAAUGGGACUCAAAGGCCAACCUGGGGAGCAGGGAGUUGCUGGUGAAGUUGGUCCAAGGGGUUCACCUGGGAUCCCAGGGGCCCCUGGGAAUCAAGGACCAGGUGCAAGGGGAGAGAAGGGAGAACCCGGGGCCCAAGGUAUAAGUGGACCCCCUGCUUUCAAUGGAACUGAAGGUCGUCCUGGACCACCAGGACCCAAAGGAGACAAGGGAGACCAAGGAAAUCCACCAGAGUUAACUGUGCGUCUUGUGCCGGGGAGAGUCCGAGGGCGAGUGGAGGUGAAGCACAAUGGAGUCUGGGGCACCGUGUGUGAUGAUGGCUUUGAUACUGUGGAUGGCAAGGUGAUCUGUAAAAUGCUGGGCUUCCAAACGGCCAUUUCCACCUUCACUGCCAGCCCGGGGGCUGGUAGGAUCUGGCUGGAUGAGCUCAAAUGUUUAGGAACAGAGUCCGACAUCUUCAGCUGCCGACACAAAGGAGUUGGUGUUAACAACUGCCAACACAAUGAGGAUGCCGGAGUGCACUGUGCCUAGACUGACACCACACCGAAGACCAACAAGAAAAAUGUGUUCCAAGCGUUGCACACAGUUUAAUAAGCAUGCAGGGACAAGCUAACUGGCAGGGAUCAGAGACACACACACACACACACGUAAAGAUAUACACGCACACAUUACAUGCACACGGCUCACUGGGGAUAUAAGCAUGCAACAGUGCCACUACUAAUGAUGUUCACAGCUGUAUCUCAUUACAUAUUCAUAAAACACAGCAUCAAACUGCAUUCGCUUCUAAGUUUCCAACAUUACUUAACACACCAGCCUAAAUGACCGUGUACUGUCAACACAAAAUCAUGCUCAUAUCACUUAACUGGAAUAAAAUUUCCAGGCAUCAUUUCUCCACCAACAUCUCCCAAUGAGGCUGCGCUGCGACCGUGAUGCGUUGUCCUCAUUAAUCCCCAUCCUCCUCCACUGGGCCUCUCUUCCUUUCAGUGACAUGUUUGCCAUCACCUUCCAUCCAUCACGCAACACGUGAGUUUGCAAAGGUGAGCAAAGAUGAAGAGGUCGGACAGGAGUCGUGCUGAGAAAUGGUUUCUGACACGGCUCGGUCACGUUUUCCAAGAUGUCUCAGGGAACAUAUUGAUACUAAUGUCGAGUUCACAUCACAGACGAUAGACUCAAAGUAGUAAUCACUUCGAUUGUUUAAGAAGUUACCUUUUAUGUCUGAUGUCACCUUCAUCACUUCUAUAAGGAAGCCCUGAGAAGCAAGUGAUUUCUCUCCUGUGUUUAUGAAAUAAAACAGCUGAACAAAG